AUGAGGAUUGAAUCUAUUCCCGUUCUGGCUCUUCUUGCUACAGCAGUAGCUUGGGGAGAAACCAACCCCCAACUGGCCGAAAAACGGGCUCUGUGUUCAACAGAGUCUGGGUUAAAAACCUUCGAUAACGGAAUCAUUGCGGAUUAUACAUGCAAUGUGAAGGUUUCUAGUAAGGUUAAGCCUACUUCUGAGCCUGCGAACUCAGCUGGAGAAUGCGCAGCAUUGUGCGGCUCUGGUUGUUCCAGUGCCGUCUGGCAGUAUUCAAUCCUGAGAUGCGUGCUUUAUAGCUCUGAUGUCACACUGAAGUCAAAUCCCCGUGGCUCUAUUUACCUGAAGCCGACUGGUAUAUCCGAGAACGAGGGGGGCGAGGAGACCGAGGAGACUGAGGAGACCGAGGAGACUGAGGAGACCGAGGAGACUGAGGAGACUGAGGAGCCAGAUUGCGAACACGAGAAAAGAGACUGUGAAGACGACCUUGAACACCAGAAAGAUCAAACCGAAGUUUGUGAGCUGGGAAAGGAAGAUUUACAGAGUCAAAUCGAUCACUACUCCCAACACUACGGCGAAUUAGAUGGCGAUCUAGCAACCUGCAAGCAAGAGAAAGACGAGCUAGAUGCCGAGAGCAAGACCUGCCAACGAGAGAAAGAUGAUCUUGACACCAAGAGCAAGAUCUGCCAGCAGGAAAAAGAUGACCUCGACACCAAGAAAAAGACCUGCCAGCUCGAGAAAGAUGAUCUUGACACCAAGAGCAAAACCUGCCAGCAGGAAAAAGAUGACCUCGACACCAAGAAAAAGACCUGCCAGCUCGAGAAAGAUGACCUCGACCGCAAGGGCAAGACAUGCCAACGAGAGAACGACGAGUUGGAUACUAAGAGCAAGACUUGCCAACGGGAGAACCAGGAUUGUCAAAACAAGUCACAAGCACUUCAAGCUUCCAACUCUCAGUUGUCUCAAAGCCUCAAAACUUGCCAGAAUGAUCUCAAAUCCCGACCAGCACCGCCACCAAAACCGUUGCCGGUCCCUCUUACCUGCCCGGGUGCCAGUUAUCGUUCGCAACGGGUUGUUGCGGGCAGAACGUUCAAGCUCUACUGCGGAUAUGGUAAGUCUAUGAACCUUCAGUUCUAG